GGUAAUACAUCCUCUCAACGUGUCCUAUCUCUGCUGUAUCAGAAGCGGUUAUGCUGUCUGCUGUCCUCGAAGGACGUCGCUGACCUUGUUAAACAUUAACCGAGGAGGUCCCUUUAUUAGUCCACAUUCUCCUUCACCGGCAGCAUCCCGGGAGCUGGAGGAGUACGGCGAAAAAAAGUGCAGACAGUUGGAGCAGUUAAAGGAAUGAAGAUAUACCGGCCACAACAAUGACGGAGAGACAUACACUCUGACUCAGUAAGAUCAGGCCUGCUAUGGAGCAAGAAGAAGCUGCAGCUCGGGAGGGCUCGCAGCUGAUGUACAGGAUAGAGCGCUCGGUCUAUGAUGAAGCCUUCGUCCGGUCACAGCUCCUCAAGCGCAAAGAAAACUCCACAACCCUCCGACAGAGGCUGGCACAACAGUUCCGGUGUUCUUCAGAGAAAGCCAAGGCGGCAGUUUUUAGCUUCCUGCCUAUUUUAACAUGGCUGCCAUCCUAUCCAGUCAAGCAGUACCUGUUUUCCGAUGUGGUCUCAGGUCUCAGCACAGGAGUUGUGCAGCUCCCUCAAGGUCUGGCCUAUGCUAUGCUGGCUGCUGUGCCUCCAGUUUAUGGCCUGUACUCCUCAUUCUACCCAGUUCUGCUCUACACCUUCUUUGGCACAUCCAGACACAUAUCCAUUGGCACCUUUGCGGUGAUAAGUCUGAUGAUCGGGGGUGUUGCAGUGAGGGAGGCCCCAGACGACAUGUUUUACUUCCUGCCUGCCAACGGAUCCAACGCGUCUGCCGUCCUGGACGUGGCGGCUCGUGACACCAGGAGGGUGCAGGUGGCCGUUGUGCUCACGACUCUGGUGGGAAUCAUCCAGUUUGUCUUAGGCCUUCUCAGGUUUGGUUUUGUGGCGAUCUACCUCACUGAACCCCUGGUGCGAGGCUUCACUACAGCAGCAGCCGUGCACGUUGUUGUCUCUCAGCUAAAGUACCUGCUGGGGGUGAAAACACCGCGCUUCAGUGGGCCCCUCUCUGCUAUUUAUAGCAUCAAAGCAGUACUCACUGACAUCACCAGCACCAAUGUCACCACUCUCAUCCUGGGCCUCUCGUGCCUUGUCUUCCUGUACGUGAUCAAAGACCUCAAUGAGCGCUUUAAGAAGAAACUGCCCGUUCCCAUUCCUGGAGAGAUUAUCGUGGUCAUUGUGUCAACUGGUGUCUCUUACGGCAUGUCCUUAUCGGGCGAUUACAAAGUGGACGUGGUUGGGGAGAUACCAACAGGGCUUCUCCCUCCUGCCGUCCCAGAUUUCUCUCUGUUACCCAGAUUGGUCACGGACUCCUUCGCUGUAGCAAUUGUGGGAUUCUCAAUGGGCAUCUCACUUGCCAAAACCUUUGCCCUGAAGUACAGCUACAGCGUGGACGGCAACCAGGAGCUGAUUGCCCUCGGCCUGUGUAACUUCUUCAGCUCCUUCUUCCAAACCUUCGCCAUCACCUGCUCCAUGUCAAGGAGCCUGGUGCAGGAGAGCACUGGUGGGAAAACGCAGAUCGCCGGGCUGCUUUCGUCUCUCGUGGUGCUACUGGUGGUGGUGGCCAUCGGUUUUGUCUUCCAGCCUCUCCCUCAGACGGCGCUGGCUGCCAUCAUCAUGGUGAACCUGUUGGGGAUGUUCAAACAGUUCAGAGACAUUCCCCUUCUGUGGAGGACCAGCAGGAUCGAACUGGCCAUCUGGCUGGUAGCCUUCGUAGCGUCUGUGCUGCUGGGCCUGGAUUACGGCCUUCUGGUGGCCUUGGCAUUCGCCAUCCUGACAGUCAUCUACAGAACACAGAGCCCCAAAAGUGGCGUCCUGGGCCAUGUUCCCGGCACGGGGCUUUACUGUGAUGUGGGCGACUAUGAAGAGGCGGCUGAAUACGAGGGGAUUAAGAUUUUCCACUCUAACUCUUCAAUCUACUUUGCUAACAGUGACCUUUAUGUGAAUGCCCUCAAGGAGAAGACGGGAGUGAACCCUGAGCGUUUACAAUCUGCCCGGAAAGCUAUACAGAAACAGAAAAAGAAGGCAAACGGCAGCCACAACUCUCCACGGAAGAUCUGUGCUAAGUACAAGGAGCAGUCAGUGACCCAUGAGGUUUUGUCCAUUAACCACGUGGCGGAGGAGCAGACGAACGGCCAGUUGGGGGACAGACACAGCGAGUCCGACUUAGAGGAGGCCGUCUUCCUGGAACCUCUCAGCACUGUUCACUCCAUCAUCCUGGACUGGACAGCUGCCAACUUCAUCGACUCCGUGGGAGCAAAAGCCAUCAAACAGGUUAUUAAGGAAUAUGCAGCUGUGGACGUGCAAGUGGUGCUAGCCGGCUGCAGCAGAAGCCUGCUGUCUGAACUGGACGCCCUACAGUUUUUCACCGGUAUCAUGACUCCAGAGAUGGUGUUCCCCACCGUCCAUGAUGCCGUGCUGCGCUGCCAACACUCAAAUCCCCACCUGUCAGCUACUGCAACCAAUAAAACCACCUGACCAGAGGUGACGCCUGUGACCGGGGACAGAUUGAAGCAGCGAGGUCCUGACUCAGACAGCAGAUUUGGGAGGUCCCCCUUUCUCCUCUAGGAGGGAUGAGUUUGUCUCCACUGACGUUCCAUUAUCACAGUAGAGAUGAAUAGUCACUCAUAUUGAAUAGACGAGUGUUUGUAGCGCAGGUGGAUGGUUUUCACUCUCAAACAACUGUGUAAACUUAAAAGUGCCCAAAGCAGCUUGACACAAGGCAGUUUAAAAAGGGUUUUAUCUCAUCAGAAAUUCCGGAUUUCCAGCUGACAUUCCCACAGCCCUUAUUCCUUUUGAACAAUCUGAGAGGUCGAGAGAGAGAGAGGAUGCAGAGUUGCACUUUUUAAGUCUUUUUGUAGUUCUUACGGCUCUCUUGGGAGAAGUAGAUUUUAUUGUAAGUUGCUGCUGUCUUGUUAGAAUGAUUUUAAUGUGUGGUUGAAACUGACUAGAAGCUGCCAGUCAUUAUCAUGCUGUACCAAUGUUGAUGGUUACUGAGAUGUUUUAAACUGUAUUUCUGUCAUUGUGUAUUUAAAUCAGCAAAAGCACUAUCAUUGGUCAAUUUGCAGUGUCAUGUUUGUUGUUAUGGUACAUUUGCACUGCUGUAUGAGUUGUGUAAUGUAUUGUACAUUCUGUAAUUGGACAUUUUUAGCAUAAGAAGAGCUCUAUUUUUGUGUUAGUUAUGCUCUUAUUGUAUAACACAGGAUGCCUUUAAAGUUACCAUGUGGUUAUUUUACACCAUUAAAAAACUGAGACUCAA